AUUAGCUGCGGCCUAAUCACUCUCCCAUAGUGCUCUUGUCCCUUUGCUAUUCAACCAGGGUAUUUUUAGCCCUGAAACAACUGGGCUCCUAAAAAAGGGUUAGAGGAACACUGCUAUGUAAGGUAUCCUGCCUGCUCUCUCUCUCAUCCUAUUACCAGCACAAUCCAUCAGCCACUCUUUGUCUCAGCUCAGGAGAGAAGGCAGAGAGUCAAGGGUUUGCUGAAGAAAGCUGAAUUUUCAGAAGAAGGACAUAGUUUUCUGAAAGCUAGUGAAGCUGCAUGAAGAGCCAGAGUUUCUUUUUGGAAAGGUCUUAGUCACUAGUAUAGACCAUGCAGACCACCUGGAUCCUGCUGCUUGCCUCUCUGGGUCUCUCUACCCUGGCUGGUGCUGAGAAAGGCCUCGAAUUCCCACGUUAUGAUGGCAAAGACCGUGUCUUGGACAUAGAUGACAAGAACUACCGCAAAUCCCUGAAGAAAUACGACAUGCUCUGCCUGUUCUACCACGCUCCUCCACCAACUGCAAAAGAGCUGCAGAAACAGUUACAAAUGACAGAACUAGUGCUCGAGUUAGCUGCUCAAGUCUUGGAGGAAAAGGAUAUUGGCUUUGGAAUGGUUGACUCCCAAAAAGAUGCUAAGGUUGCCAAGAAACUAGGUUUACAUGAGGAGGGCAGCGUCUAUGUCUUUAAGGAGGACCGUGUGAUUGAAUUUGAUGGACUGCUCUCUGCAGACACUCUUGUGGAAUUCAUUCUUGAUCUGCUGGAAGAUCCAGUUGAGAUAAUUGACAAUGCUCUGGAGUUGCGAGCUUUUAACCGUAUGGAAGAAGACAUUAAACUCAUUGGCUUCUUCAAAAGUCAGGAGUCUGAACAUUAUCUUGCUUUCCAAGAGGCAGCUGAACAGUUUCAGCCUUUUAUCAAAUUUUUUGCCACCUUUGAGAAAUCCGUGGCAAAAGAGCUGACUCUGAAGAUGAAUGAAGUGGACUUCUAUGAGCCCUUCAUGGAGGAACCAGUCACCAUUCCAGACAAACCCCAUUCAGAGGAAGAGCUGGUGGCCUUCAUAACUGAACACAGGAGACCAACUCUAAGAAAGCUCAGGGCAGAGGACAUGUUUGAGACCUGGGAGGAUGAUUUGAAUGGAAUUCACAUUGUAGCCUUUGCAGAAGAGGAGGACCCUGAUGGUUUUGAAUUCUUGGAGAUUUUGAAGGAGGUGGCCAGAGACAACACACACAAUCCAGACCUCAGUAUUGUGUGGAUCGACCCAGACAACUUCCCAUUGCUCAUUCCGUACUGGGAGAAGACCUUCAAGAUUGACCUCUUUAGACCACAGAUUGGCAUAGUAAAUGUUACAGAUGCGGACAGUGUCUGGUUGGACAUACCUGAUGAUGAUGAGCUGCCUUCACCUGAAGAGCUGGAAAACUGGAUAGAAGAUGUGCUCUCUGGAACAGUCAACACAGAGGAUGAUGAUGAUGAUGAUGAUGAUGAUGACGAUGAUGAUGAUGACGACGACGACAAUGAUGAUGAUGACGAUGACAAUGAUGAUGACGAUGACAAUGAUGAUGACGACGAUGAUGAUGACGAUGAUGAAUGAUUCAUAUACUGUGAACCUCAAAUCUGCUGAGAUAAUUUUGUCUUUUACAGUAAAAUCAUUUUGUACAUCAGUGGAUAAACUGCAGUGUUCUUAAUGUUAAAUUGAAAUGAUACAAGUGAAAAAUGUCUCUUAUUUAUAGAUGAAAAUCAUUUAUUUUAAUCAGCUCUAAACUGGAAAUUGAUAAAGGGAUUCAAAUAAAAAUUAAGAAAGUG